UUGUUGUUGUUGCUCUUGUUAAGUUAGUUUUUUAAGCUUGUGCAGUUAGUUGUGCGAUUUUGUAAAUUAUAAAUAAGAGAAAGUAAAAUGCAAAGCAUCGGAUGGACACUGAUUAUGAAACGUGGCUGCUUUUGCAGCCGAGAAACCCUCAACAUCAACGGCUCCCGCUAUCGAGUGAAAGAACGUCUUGCACAAGGCGGUUUCAGCCUGAUUGACCUUGCAGAGAAUACGACAACGCAUCGGUGCUAUGCGAUAAAGCGAAUCACUUGCCACAGCAUCGAGGAUCAGAAUAUCGCACUGCGCGAAAUCGAGAACUGCCGCAAAGUCGACUCGGAGAACGUGAUACGCGUCGUGGAUUAUGAGCUGAUUGGCCAGGCUGACAUUGUGAUAAAUACGACGAGCAAGUUGCUCAUUGUAUUGCCCUACUACAAACAUGGCUCCCUUUCGGAUCAUUUGCAGAUGCGCGCCCGCAAACAGGAUCACAUGCCGGAGGCGCAGAUUCUGCAAAUCUUCUUGGGUAUCUGCGAGGGUCUGCGCGCCAUUCACGAAACGAAGCCGGUGCCGCUGGCGCAUCGUGAUUUGAAAACUGCCAACAUCUGUUUAUCGGACACAUUCGAACCCAUCAUCGUAGAUCUGGGCUCCAUGACGGAGGCUCGUCUGCAAAUCUGCGGCCAAACAGAUGCCCAGCGACUGCAAGACGAGGCCGAGGAGCGCAGCUCAAUUGUCUAUCGUGCCCCCGAGCUGUUCACGGUAAAGACUUAUUGUACCAUCGAUGAGCGCACAGAUAUUUGGAGUCUUGGGUGUGUGCUAUAUGCGAUGUGUUACUUCACCAGUCCAUUCGAUCCCAUUUAUGAGCGUGGCGACAGCGUAGCUUUGGCCGUGCUCAGCGGUAACGUCAACAUUCCAGAUGAUUCCAUAUACACGGAGGAUAUGCACGAGCUGAUCAAGUAUAUGUUGCGCAUCGAUCCCAUGGAACGGCCUUUCAUCUACAGCAUCAUUGAACAGACUCACGAUCUUAUACAGAAACUGGAGGGUCGAGUGUAGCUUGAACCUCAAUUCCAACUCAAUCUAAGUACACCGCUAUACAUAACUGUUUUUUGACUACGUUUUAUUGUAAUAUAUAUAAACAUGCACGUA